CAUUCUCAUCAGGAAGUUGAGAAAGAAGUGCAAUCAGUAGAGGUGAAGAAAACAGAAGCAGAAACUGUUUCUGUUUCUCCGAAAGAGGAGGAUCCGAAAACCGAGGCACCGCUCCCUUGUGCUGAACCGGAACCAAAGAUAGAAGAAGAAAAGAAAAUCGAGACUCCUGUAAUUGAAGAGCCGAAAAUAGUUGAGGUUCCGAUCGAAGCGGUUCCUCCUCCUCCGGCGGAACUAAUUGCCGAACAAAAAAUUGAAGAUAAGCCCGUUGAGCCGAAAAUUGAAGUUGCUGCUUCUCCGUUGGCUGAAUCGAAUGAAGAAAAGAUCGAAUGUGAGAAAAUUGAAAAAGAAGAAGGAAAGAAAAUCGAGGAAGCUGCUCCUAUUGCGGAAAAAGAAAUUCAAGAAAAGCCCGUUGAAGCAGUAAAAGCGGUUGAGGUUGUCGAGGAAAAAGUCGAGGAGUUGCCUACUGUGAUUGAGGAGAAAAUAGCUGAAGAAAUCGAGAAAAAACCCGAGGUGGAAAAAGUCGAAGAAGUUCAAAAUCCGGUAGAAUCGGGAACUCCGAUAAUUGUUGUUGAAGAGAAAGAUGUGGAGUGCUAUCCCACUGAGAUUAAGUCGGAAGAGAAAGUUGUCGAGCCCGAAAAGCUCGAAGCAGAAGCUGAAGCCCCAGAAGCUAAAGCUCCGGAAAAAAGCGUCGUAACUGAAGACGAAAAGCCAAUUGAAGUUGUAGAAAAAGUUGUUGAGCCGGAAAAGCUCGACGCAGAAGCUGAAGCCCCAGAAGCAAAAGCUCCGGAAAAAAGCGUCGUAAUUGAAGAAGAAAAGCCAGUUGAAGUUGUAGAAAAAGUUGUUGAGCCGGAAAAGCUCGAAGCAGAAGCUGAAGCCCCAGAAGCAAAAGCUCCGGAAAAAAUCGUGGUAACUGAAGAAUUGGUUCAGUGUGAAGAAGAAAAGCCAAUUGAAGUCGCAGAAAAAGCAGAAGCAGAAGAGAAAGUUGCCGAGCCCGAAAAGCUAGAAGCUGAAGCCCCAGAAGCAAAAGCUGUGGAAAGAAGUAUCGUAAUUGAAGAAGCGGUUCAGUGUGAAGAAACGCAGCCAACGGAAGUUGCAGAAAAAGCAGAAGAGAAAGUUGUCGAACCCAAGAAGCUCGAAGCAGAAGCAGAAGCUGAAGCCCCAGAAGCAAAAGCUGCGGAAAAAAGUGUCGUACUUCAAGAAUCGGUUCAGUGUGAAGAAAAAAAGCCAACUGAAGUUGCAGAAAAAGCAGAAGAGAAAGUUGUCGAGCCCGAAAAGCUCGAAGCAGAAACUAAAGCCCCAGAAGCAAAAGCUGCGGAAAAAAGUGUCGUAACUGAAGAAUCGGUUCAAUGCGAAGAGGAAGAAAAAGUGGUGCCGAAAGACAGCAAAUCUUUGUCUGAAAUCAUUGAUGAAGAUAAGGAAGCAAAACCGGAGAAAAUCGAGGUGGUGGAGAAGAAAGUCGAGGAGGCUGUAAAAGCAGUCGAAGCGAAGCUGGAGGAGGAAGAGAAAAAAGUCGUCGAGAAAAUCGAGGGAACCGUGCUAGCUGUCGAAGCCAAGUUGGACGAAGAGAAACAAGACGAGUGUAAUGAAAAAACCGAAGAAGUUGUUACCAAGGAAGAAGUUCCGGUCAAGACGCAAAAGCAGUCGAUUGUGAAGAUGGUGAAGCAGUCGCUAGUGAAGGCGAAGAAGGCUAUUAUCGGAAAAUCUCAUAACUCGAAAACGCCAGCUGUCGCUGAAUCGAAGGAUGAAGGUAAAAAGUAAUGCAUGAAAAAGGAGGAGUUUGUGAUCAUAUGAUUUAAAUUGUUUUUAUUUUUGUGUGAUAUGUUGGGUUUUUUUGGGUUUUAGUUUGAUUAUUUGUUUCAUGUUUGAUGUUGGAUUUGCCUGCAUGAAGUGUUUUCAGUGUUAGGUAUACUAGUGUUUUUUUUUUCUUUUUUUUUUUAAUUCUUGAUGUUAUGAUAUAAUUCAUUUGGUGGUUUGUGUAUUUAUCUGCAAGAUGAUAUUGGAUUUAUUGAUUUAUUGGUGUAUA